AUGGUAUUGGAGAAAGCACAAGGACCAAAGAGAACACUGUACAGUAAGAAGUAUGGAGUGGAUCUCAUCAGGUACACACAUGCUGCCAACACUGUCGUGUACAGCUCCAACAAAAUAGAUGAUACAAUCCGAUACCUCUCCCUACAUGACAACAAAUACAUUCGGUAUUUCCCAGGACAUACAAAAAGAGUGGUUGCUCUUUCAAUGUCUCCAGUGGAUGAUACUUUUAUUUCUGGAUCUCUUGAUAAAACUAUUAGACUUUGGGAUCUUCGCUCUCCAAAUUGCCAGGGUUUAAUGCAUCUCCAGGGAAAGCCUGUGUGUUCUUUUGACCCAGAAGGGUUGAUUUUUGCUGCUGGAGUCAAUUCUGAAAUGGUGAAACUUUAUGAUCUCCGUUCUUUUGACAAGGGGCCAUUUGCUACGUUUAAGAUGCAGUAUGAUCGAACGUGUGAGUGGACAGGCUUGAAGUUCAGUAACGAUGGCAAACUCAUCCUCAUAUCAACUAACGGAGGGUUCAUUCGACUGAUUGAUGCCUUUAAAGGAGCUAUCCUGCAUACAUUUGGGGGUUAUAACAAUAGUAAGGCUGUCACGCUGGAGGCAUCAUUCACACCAGACUCUCAGUUCAUCAUGAUAGGUUCGGAGGAUGGGAAGAUUCAUGUUUGGAAUGGGGAAAGUGGGAUGAAGGUGGCUGUGCUGGAUGGGAAACAUACAGGUCCUAUAACCUGUCUGCAGUUCAAUCCAAAAUUCAUGACUUUUGCUAGCGCAUGUUCCAAUAUGGCCUUCUGGUUGCCAACUAUCGACGACUAAUUCCUACACUGCAGCUGCUGUCAGAUGACUUCCAUCCUGCUAACAGCAGCACAUCAUUGUGAGCAUAGUAUUGGAAUUGCCUCAGUCUCCUAGACUGUGUUCCUGUUCCUGCAUAUGUGUCCAUAUGUCUUACCUUUAUUUGCUGCAUUCCUUUGCGAGGACUCUUCACUCGGCCUCCUAGCAUGUUCAGAAGCGGCAUGCUACACGUUCUUACCUUCCAGUCCGUGCCCAGCAGGCUUCAGCCGAAGUUGGAACUGACACAGUAUUAUUUCUAAGAGCAAUGAAGUCUGUUUUAUUUACAAAAUGUUUGUGGCAUUUUUUUUAAGCUGUAAUUGUGUGUUUUCCUUCUGUAAGUGCACAAGGCUCUUGAUAAUCCAAGGUGGAACGUGCGAUUCCUUCCCAUAAGUGCAUGUUUUUCACAUCUGGGAUCUCUCCGGUUUCCCUGCAGUCCACAGAUGCAAAGUUACCUCUGUGCCAAAUGUGAACACUGACAGUUACCAACUUAAACAGCAGAUGCUGGAUUCUCUUGCAGUGGAACACGUGCUGAAAGAGUGGGUGACUGUAAAUACGCAUUAUACAUCCUGUUAUCCUUUUUUUGGCGAUUUAGUGUGCAACAAACCGUACGGGUUUUGUCCACUUCCAGAGCUUGCCGAAGCCUCCCUGCUGUUUGCUGUGCCAGCAUCCCGGAGGGCACAGACAGUACUGAUGAGGUCCAGUCAGUGUCCGCAGCAAUAAAG